GACGCGGGCAGCCCGACGCGGGGUCCUGGCACGGGCGCGGCGCGGGGCGCGGGCUCUCAGGCGGCUGUGGCCCGGGUGGCUGCGAUGCUGUGGCCGCGGCUGGCGGCCGCCGAGUGGGCAGCGCUGGCCUGGGAGCUGCUGGGCGCCUCGGUGCUGCUGAUCGCCGUGCGCUGGCUGGUGCGGCGGCUGGGCCCGCGGCCGGGGGGCCUGGGCCGCAGCGGGACCCCCGUUCCUCCGCCGCGCGCGGCCGCGGCCCCCGCCUCAGGUGAAAUGACAAUGGAUACCAUCUUGGCUCGAUUGAAACUUCUGAAUCCAGAUGACCUUAGAGAGGAAAUCAUCAAAGCUGGAUUGAAAUGUGGACCCAUUACAUCAACUACAAGGUUUAUUUUUGAGAAAAAAUUGGCUCAGGCUUUACUGGAUCAAGGAGGAAGACUGCCUUCUUUUGACCACCACGAGACAGCUGCCGUAGCUCUCAGCCAAGACACACAAAGGAUUUUGAAGUCAGCUGAAGGGAACCCAACUGAUCAGGCUAGUUUUUCUGAAGACAGAGAUUUUGGUUACAGUGUGGGCCUGAAUCCUCCAGAGGAGGAAGCUGUAUCGUCCAAGACCUGCUCGUUGCCCCCCAGCACUGUGGCGGGGGCCGGGACCCCCAGAGCUGGAGUGACUGAGUCUGCGGAGCCUCCUCUGUACUAUGGGGUGUGUCCAGUGUAUGAGGACAUCCCAGCGAGAAACGAAAGGAUCCAUGUUUACAUAAAUAAAAAGGAAGCACUGCAAGCUGUCAAAAUGAUCAAAGGGUCCCGAUUUAAAGCUUUUUCAACCAGAGAAGAUGCUGAGAAAUUUGCUAGAGGAAUUUGUGAUUAUUUCCCUUCGCCAAGCAAAACAUCCUUACCACUUUCUCCUGUGAAAGUAGCACCACUCUUUAGCAAUGAUGGGUCGAAAGAUGGUUUGUGCUUGUCUGAAUCAGAAACGGUCAACAAAGAGCGAGCCAACAGUUACAAAAAUCCCCGCACGCAGGACCUCACUGCCAAGCUUCGGAAAGCUGUGGAGAAGGGAGAGGAGGACACCUUUUCUGAUCUCAUCUGGAGCAACCCCCGGUAUCUGAUUGGCUCAGGGGACAACCCAACCAUCGUGCAGGAAGGGUGCAGGUACAAUGUGAUGCAUGUUGCCGCCAAGGAGGACCAGGCUUCCAUCUGCCAGCUGACUCUGGACGUCCUGGAGAACCCCGACUUCAUGAGGCUGAUGUACCCCGAUGACGAUGAGGCCAUGCUGCAGAAGCGCAUCCGUUAUGUCGUCGACCUCUACCUGAACACCCCCGACAAGAUGGGCUAUGACACACCGUUGCAUUUUGCGUGUAAGUUUGGAAAUGCAGACGUAGUCAAUGUGCUUUCAUCACAUCAUUUGACUGUAAAAAAUCCAAGGAAUAAAUACGAUAAAACACCUGAAGAUGUAAUUUGUGAAAGAAGCAAAAACAAAUCUGUGGAACUGAAGGAGCGGAUCAGAGAGUAUUUGAAGGGUCACUACUAUGUGCCGCUCCUGAGAGCAGAAGACACAUCUUCUCCAGUCAUUGGGGAGCUGUGGUCCCCAGACCAGACGGCCGAGGCCUCUCAAGUCGGCCGCUAUGGAGGCAGCCCCCGAGACCCUGUGCUGACCCUGAGAGCCUUCGCGGGGCCCCUGAGUCCAGCCAAGGCGGAAGAUUUUCGCAAACUCUGGAAGACUCCACCUCGAGAGAAAGCAGGCUUCCUUCACAACAUCAAGAAAUCGGACCCAGAAAGAGGCUUUGAGAGAGUGGGGAGGGAGCUAGCUCAUGAGCUGGGGUAUCCCUGGGUUGAAUACUGGGAAUUUCUGGGCUGUUUUGUUGAUCUGUCUUCCCAGGAAGGCCUGCAAAGACUGGAAGAUUAUCUUACUCAGCAGGAAAUAGGCAAAAAGGCUCAACAAGAAACAGGAGAAAGGGAAGGCUGCCGAGAUAAAGCCACCACGUCUGGCAGCAAUUCCAUUUCCGUGAGGGCGUUUCUAGAUGAAGAUGACAUGAGCUUGGAAGAAAUAAAAAAUCGGCAAAAUACAGCUAGAAACAAUGGCCAGCCCAGGAUGGGUGCUUUUGGAAAUGCGGGGUGCAGCGCCUUCCCCUCGGAGCAGGAGGCCGACCUCAUAGAAACCUCAGAGCCAGGUGGUCUGUGCAGCGGCAGAAAUGGGCUCUGCCCUCCUCUGAGUCACAGCAAGACCAUGGAGGGCAAGAACGCAAAGGCACCCCGCGGGGAGGAAGCCCGUUUGCCACCUGUCACUGGUUUAACUGCUGAGUUUGACAAACUGAAUUUGCAAAAUCUAGGAAGCAGUAUUUCUAAGACACCAGAUGAAAAUAUGAAAACUAAAGAUAAGAUCCCAACUUCAAGAAUCGAUGCAGUAGGAAGUGACUUGGAGGCGGCUUCUCCUGCAGACCAACUCGGGAAUGACCAGGGGAGGACAGAGUGGGAAAUGUCAGCCAGGAUUGCUAGAAUGUCCUUGGGCCCCAGCUGCCCAGGGCACGAGGAUCAGCAGCUCGAGCUCACGAGGGAAUCAGCCAGGCGGCUCUUCCUUUUUGGAGAGGAGCCGUCAAAACUAGAUCAGGAUGUUUUGGCUGCUCUUGAAUGUGUGGACGUGGACCCCCAUCAGUUCCCGGCUGUGCACAGAUGGAAGAGUGCUGUCCUGUGCUACUCGUCCUCCGACAGACAGAGUUGGCCAAGCCCCGCGCUGAAAGGAAAGUUCAAGUCUUGGCUGCCGGAUCUCAGCAGACCUCACAGCUACAGUCCGGGGAGAAAUGGUGCGGCCGGGAGCAGCCCCAGAAAGCCGGGCCCGGGCAGCCCCGGGCGCUACAGCCCCGUGCACGGGAGCCAGCUCCGCAGGAUGGCGCGCCUGGCUGAGCUCACUGCCCUGUAGGCUCAUAGCUGGGGCUCCUUUCACUCUUCAUUUUUAAAGGAAGAAGGGUCAUAUGUUUAUUGCUAAAAUGUCACAAAGGAGUAUAUUCUUAUUAAAUUAUUAAUCCUCACUUU